AAAUUAUUGAGCUGGGGAGACACGCACACACACAUUGGAGGAAGGCAAUAUAUUUCCCGAAAUAAAAUAUAAAAUUUUAACUGAAACUUACAGAAAAGUAGAAAUACAUUCAAAUUGCUUAGUUUAAAUUCUCCCAUUAGGUCCACUCUCCAGAAGGGCUAGCGUCAUGUUACUGAGCGGAAGCACCGGCAGUGGCAGCACACUGAUCGAAUUUCGAGCUGGCCGCAUGAACAAGGUGGGAAAAAUGGUGCAUCCGGAUGCGCGGAAGGGUCUACUUUAUAUGUCACAGAGUGAGGAUGGCCUGAUGCAUUUCUGUUGGAAGGAUCGCACCAGCGGCAAGUUGGAGGAAGACCUAAUUAUCUUCCCGGGCGACUGUGAGUACAAGCGCGUCCAGCAGUGUAAGACGGGUCGGGUCUAUGUGCUGAUGUUCAUGUGGUCGCCGCGACGCCUGUUCUUCUGGAUGCAGGAGCCGAAGACCGAUAGGGAUGAGGAGUACUGCCGUCGCAUCAAUGCGCUGCUCGACGAUCCUCCAUUGGUGCACCAGCGUGGUGGUGGCACCGACAAUAUUCAGCUGCAGCAUAUGUUGAAUGACAUGUCGCAGACUCAGCUGAACCAAGUGUUUGGAAAUGUUGGCCAAAUGGGCGGCUUGAACGCGCUGCUCGGGCAAGCGAACCCUCUUACACCUGCAACUGGAGUUCCGCCAACCGCAUCCAAAAAUGUAAGCGCGACCGCCAAGCCAUCCGCCCAAGGCAAUUGCCCCAAGGUGGAAGAUAAUUCGCUGCUAAAUGCCUCCUCACAUGUCAAAGGGCUCUUAAGUUAUGAGUUGUCGAGUGGAAUCUCGAAUGCUGGCGUGGUCAAUCAGCUGAUCUCGGAUCCGGAGCGUGUAAACAAACUCAUAGCACACUUGCCCGCACCCGAAGGCAUGGAUAAGGAUCGCAAGAAUGCGAUCAGGGAUACCCUCAGAUCACCACAAUUCCAGCAGGCAAUGCUGCAAUUCUCGAAUGCCCUACAGUCGGCCCAGUUGGGAGCGGUGGUGAAACAAUUUCAAUUGUCUAGCGAUGCCAUUGACGCGGCCUAUACUGGCAAUAUGGAAGCGUUUCUUCGUGCUCUACAGAAGCAGAAUUUGCCAGAAAGUAACACCACGGGCGGCAAUACUGAAAUUAACGCCCAACCUAUGGCAGUCACAGCUAAUGCAGUCUUGGAAAAUAGCGUUGAUUCCUCCAAUAAACCGAAAAAAGAGGAACAAUAGGAUAUAGUGCUAAUCUCUUGUAAAAUUUCUCAGAAAUAGUUCACACAUUUCUAACACAACAUUUGGAUUGGAUUCAGUUAUAGCUAAAUAAAUAACAUGAUAAUGCAAAUUGCAAUAGUAACAUUAAUUUCUGAAAAUACAUCGAAAAAUUUGAA